AACUACUUAACCCAAAAAAAGAGUCGAGAGGAAAAAAAAAGACAUAUCCCAUAUACAAAAAAGCAGUUCCCAUCUAUUUGCUUUCGUUUGGAGCGACACAAGUUUCUUCUAUCUCUAUCUCUCUCUCCUUUUCUCACGCCGAGAUUUCUGCUACUACUCUAAUCUCUCACGGCCUUUUAAAAGAAACGACGACGCAUUUUCUCACCAAAGCCUUCCUUGGCUCUUCAUGGACACCGUUUAAGCUCAAUGACUGAUUACUACUAAGCAACUGGUGUAUAUAGUAACUUUGGGUUUGGAGUUUUGCUUUUUGGACUGAGAAAACUCAAUUGAGAGAGAGAGAAACGUUUUCUGUGUCUUAUCUAUCGGGUUUUGUGUUGUCAGAAGCUCUAAGACAAAAUAAAACGCAAUUAUUUUUUAGGGUUCAAACGAAGAAAAAAUUGGAGCUUUUCGAGAACUUGUGUGUGGUGGCUUUUCAAAGAACAAAAGCUUUUCUUGGUUUCGUUAUUGGCUCUUCUCCCAAUUUGUGAAUCCAUCUCUCUCCGUAUGGCAUUCGCUAGAGACGCCGGAAUGAUGAUGGAGAAUAAGCGGAAUGUCUGCUCUCUCGGAGAAAGCAGCAUCAAACGUCACAAGUCUGAUCUCUCUUUCAAUUCCAAGGAGAGGAAGGACAAAGUUGGAGAACGCAUCUCAGCUCUUCAACAGAUUGUUUCUCCUUAUGGAAAGACUGACACUGCAUCAGUUCUUCUUGACGCGAUGCAUUACAUAGAGUUUCUUCAUGAACAAGUGAAGGUGCUAAGUGCUCCAUAUCUGCAAACGAUACCUGAUGUUACGCAGGAGGAGCUGGAGCAGUACUGCCAGUACAGUCUGAGAAACAGAGGAUUAUGCCUUGUUCCAAUGGAGAAUACAGUAGGAGUUGCUCAGAGCAACGGAGCUGAUAUCUGGGCGCCCGUGAAGACUCCUCUAUCUCCAGCUUUCAGCGUUACGUCUCAGUCACCCUUUACAUGACCAAUUCAGCUCUUCGCCUACUAAAAUCUUUGUGUUAAGACUAAUGAAGAUGACCAGUUGUUACUAUUCUGAUGAUGCCUCUGAGAGACGCAUGAAGUUGGUUUACAAUAGUGUGGCGAUGGCUGUUAUUAUUUGACUGCUUAAUGCAUCCCCUUACUUGGACUUGUGUAAUAUGCCCAAAUGAUUCUAAUGCAAAGUAAUCUACUUUCUGUGAAAAUUUGCUUAAGAUAUUUUACUUCUGUGGUUCUUACCAAAACUUUGUAUCCUAUACAUCUUUCUAGUUCUAAAGAUCCAAGGAAAGCUUUCUUUCA